AUGAACGCAACUAAAAAGGCAGAUGGAAGUGUAAAGAUUCUGGAUACGACGGAGCUUUCAAAGACUUUGCGGGAUUCGUCGAACAUUUUCCAGACGAUUGAGGUCUCGCUAACAAGACUUAAACCGUAUACAAAUUACACUGUUUGGGCGCGUGCUGUUGGACAGGACGCAGACCCAUCAAACACCGGUCCCACGUGGACAUUUUUGACACAUGAAAUGGCUCCUACAAGUCCACCGACCGAAGUCCACGCAGAGGCGAUUUCAAAUGCUGCGGUAACUGUUUACUGGAAUCCCCCAACCGAGCCCAACGGGCGUAUAAGAGCUUAUCGUAUCCUAUACACAGAUCGACCAAAUCUGGAACUGUCGUUUUGGGACACCAGUAUUGUGGAUAUGGAUUCCAAUAGAACACCCUCCUUGGCCUCGCAGUUAACCAGCAUGUAUGUCACGAGUGACCGACAUAGACCUACCCAUCUGUACAUACUGUCGCAUUUGACCGUAAACGCAACCUACUUCAUUCGUGUCAGUGCAGUAAAUGGGAAAGGGGAAGGCCCACCUUCCGAGCCCGUGGUUGUUAUCAUUCGUCCCGGAAGAGUCAAAUAUCAUCUGAAUACUUGA